GCUUGCAUUCAAAAUGGCGGAGAAAGAAGUUUCCGUUCCCCUCCCCCUCGCGACCAUCAAGGUCGAGGCCUUGGUGGUGAUGAAAAUCAUCAAGCACUGCUCUCAGACCUUCCCGACGACUGCGACCGGUUCGAUCGUUGGUAUGGACGCGGCUUCCGGCCUCGAGGUCACGAACUGUUUCCCUUUCCCCGUCGUCGAAGUGCCCGCGGAGUCGCACUUUGACAACGCCGCCGCCAACCCGGCCGCUGCCGCCCCUCGCGCGAAGGCCAACGCCGCCUACCAGGCCGAGAUGAUCCGCAUGCUUCGCGAGGUCAACGUGGAUGCGAACAACGUCGGAUGGUACACCAGCGCCAACAUGGGUAACUUCGUCAACAUGAACGUGAUCGAGAACCAAUUCUUUUACCAGAAGGAGAUGAACGAGAGGACGGUGGCUCUCGUGCACGACGUCAGCCGUAGCGCCCAGGGCAGCCUGAGCCUGCGGGCCUUCCGUCUGUCUCCUAAGUUCAUGACUGCCUUCAAGGAGAACAAGUUCACUUCCGAUGAGCUGCAAAAGUCCAACCUGAGAUUCCAGGACAUCUUCGUUGAACUCCCCGUGGAAAUCCACAACUCUCACCUGAUCACCUCUUUCCUCCACCAGCUUCAGUGCCCCAGCCAGUCGGCCCCCGCGGAUCUCCCCCCGUCUCUGGCCGCUCUGGAAUCCGGCCCGUUCAUCAAGGACAACGUGCUGGCGCCCAACUUCGACAACCUGGCCCUCAGCAUCGACCCUUUCCUCGAGAAGAACUGCGACCUUCUGCUCGACAGCAUCGAGACCCAUCACACCGAGACCAACAACUACCAGUACUACCAGCGGUCGCUUGCUCGGGAGCAGACCAAGAUCACGAAUUGGCAGAACAAGCGCAAGCAGGAGAACGCCAGCCGUGCGGCUCUGAAGCAGCCCCUGCUUCCCGAGGACGAGUGGCAGCGACUGUUCAAGCUUCCCCAGGAGCCCAGCCGCCUGGAGACCAUGCUGAACAGCCGACAGGUUGAGCAGUACGCCCGCCAGGUCGACAGCUUCGUCUCGGCCACGACGGGCAAGAUGUUCGCAGUCAAGGGCAACCUGCUGCCGGGAGAGACCGCCAAAUAGAGGAGGAAAGGACUGUUGGCGGAGAACGAUGUUUUUUGUCUGAAACCGAGGGGAUUCUGGGAACCGCAUGCAUGACCUUAACGGCGUAGGGAGGGAAAAUUUUGUAUCUGGCUGUUAAUAUGUUCCAGUGACGACUAGAGUUACGGGAUAUGACUUGAGUCUUCCUUCUUGAUGUUGCUUUUCUUUUUCUUUUCUUUUUGCUUUUUCUUUGUGAAUUUUUGACCUACGUAUGGCACUGACCUAUUUUCUUCUUCUCUUUCCUCUUUCCCUCCCGUCAUCUCUUAUAUCCAUGGCCGAGCCCUAAUGCGGCCGUUAGGGCACCCGCUGCACGUGAUGGCCUGAUGAGAUCAUUUCGUCGCAAUCGAUAACCGAUUAGAUAAGAUAUCAUGAAUAGAAUGGCCUCUGCCAUGACUUCAG